GGCAGCCUCUGCUGGUACCCAGGCCGAUGCCUGACCCCGAGAGCUUCGGCCACCUCGCGACCCACAGACCCCGGCAGGUCCGCCGAGCCCAUCAUGUCGCGCCCAGUUCCCACGCGCCACCUCCCGGGACUCCUGCUCCUGCUCUGGCCGUUGCUGUUGCUGCCGCCCCCCACCGCCCCUGGUCCGUUGGCUGGCGCGAGCGUCCAGAGGCUUGGGAUCCGUGGCCCUGGGGGCAGACCUGGGCGCCGCCCCUCUCCCAGCAGUGAUUCCAGCCCAGCCCGCGGCGCAGGUGUUUGUAAGAGCAGGCCUUUGGACUUGGUGUUUAUCAUUGACAGUUCUCGUAGUGUACGGCCAUUAGAAUUCACCAAAGUGAAAACCUUUGUCUCCCGAAUCAUUGAUACUCUGGACAUUGGGGCUGCUGACACGAGGGUGGCUUUGGUGAACUAUGCCAGCACCGUGAAGAUUGAAUUCCAGCUCAACACAUAUUCAGAGAAGCAGGCCCUGAAACAGGCUGUGGCACGGAUCACACCCUUGUCAACAGGCACCAUGUCAGGUCUGGCUAUCCAGACAGCGAUAGAGGAAGCCUUCACUGUGGAGGCGGGAGCUCGGGGACCCACAUCCAGCAUCCCCAAGGUGGCUAUCAUUGUGACAGAUGGGAGGCCCCAGGACCAGGUGGAUGAAGUGGCUGCACAGGCCCGGGCAUCUGGCAUUGAGCUAUACGCUGUGGGUGUGGACCGGGCAGACAUGGAAUCUUUGAAGACGAUGGCCAGCGAGCCCCUGGAGGAGCACGUGUUCUAUGUGGAAACCUAUGGGGUCAUUGAGAGGCUCUCUUCCAGAUUCCAGGAAACCUUCUGUGCUCUGGACCCUUGUGUGUUGGGAACACACCAGUGUCAGCAUGUGUGUAUCAGUGAUGGGGACGGCAGGCACCACUGUGAGUGCAGCCAGGGGUAUACCUUGAAUGCCGACAAGAAAACAUGUUCAGCUAUUGAUAAGUGUGCCCUUGGCACUCAUGGGUGUGAACAGAUAUGUGUGAAUGACAGAACUGACUCUUACCACUGCGAGUGCUAUGAAGGUUACACCUUGAAUGCAGACAGGAAAACCUGUGCAGCUCAGGACAAAUGUGCUUUGGGUACACAUGGUUGCCAGCACAUUUGUGUGAAUGACAGAACUGGGUCCUACCAUUGUGAAUGCUUUGAAGGCUACACUCUGAAUGCAGAUAAGAAAACAUGUUCAGUUCGAAACAAGUGUGCUCUGGGCACUCAUGGUUGCCAGCACAUCUGCGUGAGUGACGGGGCAGCAUCCUACCACUGUGACUGCUUCCCUGGCUACACCUUGAAUGAUGAUAAGAAGACAUGUUCAGACAUUGAAGAAGCACGAAGCCUCAUUUCCACAACGGACACCUGCAGCUGUGAAGCCACACUGGUGUUCCAGGAGAAGGUCAGCUCCCAUCUCCAGAGACUGAACACCAAACUUGAUGACAUUCUGAAGAAGUUGCAAGUACACGAAUAACAAGCACGUAGUGAAAUUGCUCAGAAUCCUCAGCUGGAAAUUCAGAGCGCUAUCCUUAAUACUCCGUCUUUUGUAUACUUUAUCUCCAAUGUUCCUGCUAAUAUUUCAUCAUUAUAGAUGCUUGAAUAUUCUUUGAUAAAUAGUAUGACAAUUUUCUGGAGCAUCAUUAUCAUUUUCCAAGGAAAUAAAUGUGUAGACUUUUAGGAGCAGACUUCAGUAUCUCUAAGUUAUGACUGUGAAAUGACUGACAGAUAUAAGGUGAAAAGUUUAAUGUUUCAUUAUUUACUGAUUGAGCCAUUUAAUUUUCACACAUUUAUAUUAUUAGUAAGAUAAUCAUAUUACUAGUGGAAAUUCUAAAUCUAUUUUCUCUGGGUCAUAUUUAUAAUAUAAACCAGCCUUAUUAUUGAGAAUUAAAAUUUUAUGAAGUAUUUACAUAUAAAAAGUCCAAAUAACCAAAUUGAGAUGAAUGUAUUUAGAAUUGUUUAAUGCUUUUUGUUUUUGCUCAUUUUUGCUGGGGUACCUGUUAUUGAAGGCACAAUCACAGGAUUGCAAUACUUAUUUACCUAAAAAUAAUUGACACAGAUUGACUGUUACAUGCCUUUUUUAAUUCAAUAAUGUCAUAGAAAUGAACAACUGAAGAGUACUAGCUGUGAAUUUAGGGUGCUAACAUUUUUGCCAAGGACAAAAACAUCCUGAAUUUUAUCAUUUUACUUUAGGAUCUAAUUGGUAAAAUUGCCUAUUUAUAAAAUUAAUAUAACAAGAUCUAAUAUCUAAAAAUGUCAGUAAUAAGCCCAACUUCUUUCACUCAAAAUGUACCAAAUAUACAUAUCCUUUUAAAAGUGUAGCUUAUAAUUUUUGGAACAAGAAAGUCGUUUAAAUUGUGCACUAUUUGAUUCUGUUUG